AUGGCUGCGCCGGCUUUCCUACAACAAUCGCAACCUUUUAGGCCGUCCAAUACCCAACCCCCGUUCCUUUCCUCCGUCAACCCCUUCGAGCGCGAUGCGAACAAGCCCGUCGGCACCCCGUUCGCAGCUUCGGGCCCUGUCGCGUCGUCCGUCCUCAUCCGUCGCCUCCCGCUGAACACCUCGGAGGAAUCACUUCGCCUCAUGGUGGUGUGGUCCAAGGAGCUGGUCGACGUCGAAGUGCUACCUGUGGAUCAGUCGGAGGACAAGGGGUUCCGGUCCGCCAUCCUGAAGUUCAGGACUGCCAACGGUGCAAUCGAAGCCAAGAACAUGCUGGACGGGAAAUCCAACAUUUCCAACGAUGCCAACAUGAUCGUGGAGGUCCUAGGAGGCAGCCCGGCCGCUUCCAGGAGGUACGCCGAACCCGCAGGGACGGGUUCUUCGAGUACCGUCUCCUCCGCCGCGUCCUCUGCUCCAUCCUCGCGACAGCCUUCCCGGUUUAACGGCACGUUCCAGUCCCUCGAGAAGUUAUCGCCACCCAUGAAUGGCAUCUAUGGCUCCAGCGAGCUGCCAAACCCGGAGUCAAGCGCGCACUACCAGAACCUGUUCUCGCCCCAGUCCCCCAUCGGAAACCACCUCACCGAGCGAACGCGCAUCUCUGGCAAGUCUUUGAUCAAUGACGACGCUGCCGACGACGACGAGACAGGCGAACUGCUGAAGGAUCCGGUCGCCUACGCGGAGAAUGGCGCCACGGCCCAGAGAAGGGCCACUGCCCCACAGCUACCCAUCUCGCGUCUCGCCAGCCUGUCUCUCAACACCAGCGCGACACCGAGUCCGUCGUCACUUCCCCAGUAUGGCCAGCAAGGGAUGAACCCGAUGUCGGCCCACCCCGUCAUGUCACCGACGGCCAUGGGCGGGGGCCCACACACCGUGCCGUUCCCCAUGGGAGGCAACCACCCGUACGGCCGCCACAACUUCCCGCCAGUGAACCCUGCCGACCAGAACCCGCCUUGCAACACGCUCUACGUGGGUAACCUGCCCAUCGACACAUCCGAAGAGGAGUUGAAGGCCAUGUUCUCUAAGCAGCGCGGAUAUAAGCGACUUUGCUUUCGAACCAAGCAGAACGGACCAAUGUGCUUUGUCGAGUUUGAGGAUGUAUCCUUCGCCACCAAGGCUCUCCACGAACUCUACGGCCAUCCUCUGCACAACAGCGUCAAAGGCGGUAUCCGUUUAAGCUUCUCCAAGAACCCCCUGGGUGUCAGGUCGGGUCAAACCGCGGGCCCGGCAACGUCUCCAAUGAGCGGCAUGAUGGCAGGGUCCACAAACGGGUUCAAAACUACCAACGGCCCUCCCCCUGGUCUUGCCGCUCCUCCCGGCCUCGGCGCGGGACGGUACAACGGCAACUCUGGCACCCAGUCUUACACCGUUGCCGGCUUCCCGGCAAGCGGCAACAACAACAACGUCUGGAACGGAUACAAUAAUGCCAUGACGGCCGGCGGACCUGGCGGCUCCUUGAUGAACGGCAACAACUCGAAUUACCUGCCGCCUCACAUGCUGGGUAGAUAG